AAGAAACACAGGGGGAAAUAGCUCCAGAGCCUCUGCAAGCUCCCCGGGGAGCAAGACGCCGUUUUUUUAUCAAGCCGAGAGGCAAAGGACCAAGAACAAAUCCAAAAGAGGAACUUUGGAGCAUCCUACUAAAGAAAGUUAAGGCCUGUAUCUUAAUCAGGACAAGAAGUGGAGCUAACAUUGCUGUUCAGCUUCUUCUCUGGACUUUCAACACUCUCUGGCAUCCAUCUGGGUUGUAAGCCAGGAUGCCCUCCAAUGGCAGUAAAGCCCUCAAGCUACAAUUCGGACUUAUUAAUUAUGAGAAUCGCUAUCUAACAGCAGAGGCGUUUGGCUUCAAGGUGAACGCUUCAGCUCCAAGUCUAAAGAAGAAGCAGAUCUGGACUCUGGAGCAGGAUGAGCAGGACGGUCAGGUGGUUUACCUGCGCAGUCACCUGGGCCGCUACCUGGCUUCCGACAAAGAUGGCAAGGUAAGCUGUGAAGCUGAAGCCAAAGAGAAUUACUGCCGCUUUCUGAUUGUAGCACAGUCGGACGGGCGCUGGGCCCUGCAGUCCGAGCAAUAUCUGCGCUUCUUCGGAGGUUCAGAGGACUACUUAUCCUGCUUUGCUCAGACCAUUGGUGAGGCAGAAUUAUGGGCCAUGCACCUGGCUCUGCACCCACAGGCAAAUCUGCUUAGUGUGGCCCGCAAACGCUAUGCCCACCUAGCAUCUCCAGAGGGAGAGAUUGCUGUGAACGGCAACAUCCCCUGGGGUGUGGAUGCUCUUCUAACUCUUGUGUACAUGGAUGGCAAAUAUUGUCUUAAGACCAGUGACAGCCGCUUUCUGAGCAAUGAUGGGAAAUUGUCCUCUGAAAAUGGUCGUGGGACAGGCUACACUUUGGAACUGAAAUCAGGCAAGUUGGCCUUCAAGGACUGUGAGGGGAAAUACUUGACCCCCAUGGGGCCCACUGGAACGCUGCGCUCUGGACGCUGCUCCAAACCUGGCAAAGAUGAGCUAUUUGAUCUUGAGGAAAGCCAUCCACAAGUGGUGUUUCAGGCCUCCAACAACAGAUUUGUUUCUAUCAGACAAGGAGUGAGUGUCUCAGCCAAUCAGGACGAUGAGACAGACAUGGAGACUUUUCAAAUGGAAAUUGAUAAAGACACAAGAAAGUGCAAAUUCAGAACUAACGAAGGGAAUUACUGGACGCUUGUCGCUCAUGGAGGCAUCCAGUCAACAGCCACAGAAGUCGGUGCCAACACCAUGUUUGACAUAGUGUGGCUCGGUCGACGGGUGGCACUGCGAGCCAGCAAUGGAAAAUAUGUAUGCACUAAGAAAAAUGGCCAGCUUGCUGCAGUCAGUGACUCUGUGGGUGAGGAUGAGCGGCUGAUUCUGAAGCUGAUCAAUAGGCCCAUUCUGAUCCUGAGGGGAGAGAAUGGAUAUGUUUGCCACCAUAAGAACUCUAAUACACUGGACGCCAAUCGUUCAGUCUAUGAUAUAUUUGCACUGCAGUUCAACGAUGGUGCAUACCACAUUAAAGGUGCUGGUGGAAAAUUUUGGUAUGUUUCCACCAGUGGCUUGGUGUGCACUGAUGGAGACACACCUGAAGAUUUCUGCUUUGAGUUCUUAGAGCAUGGACGGAUAGCCAUAAGGGGCAAAAACAGCAAAUAUCUGCGUGGAGACCAAGGAGGCAAUCUGAAAGGAGAUGGAGAGAAUGCAGACAGCUCUUCCCUCUGGGAAUACUGACACCAUCUGGACAUUUAAGGAACUGUCACUCACCUGUGUUAAACUCUUGGAUUUACAUAUAUGAGAAAAAUUAAUUGAUUAAGGUUUAAUAAUUCCACAUCUGUUUCCCCAUCAGUCAGCAUUUGAUGUAGAGUCAGUAUUCAGCAUUACAUAUGUAUUAUUUACCAUUUCUGGUUUAAAGUCCUAUACAAAAUGACUGAGCAUGUGUAAAAAGAAAUCAGACAUGAGAAUAAUUUAUUAUAUCAGCUCACUUUGUCACACUGUUAGGAAAAAUGUUUGAGGUUAUGAAUUUGCUAAGUAUGCUAUUACUGUGGCAAAUCACUUCUAACAUCUCUGUUCAACUUCAAAUUGACACAUUACAAUUCAUUACAGCUGUUUUUCUUUUUCUUUUUUCUUUUUUACUUUAAUGACCCAUUAUUGUCCUGCUAUUAUUUAUUAUCAUGCCAAUGUUUGUCAGUUCCAGUAAAGCUUGUUUUAUUCUCUGGGGUUACAAACUGCUGUGUUUGUAAUACAUGGAAAUACAUGGUAUUUAAAUAUAUUUAGGUCUGUCAAA